UGCUUCUGUUAUCCGUAAUAAAUCAUCGGAUAAGAGCUCCAAGAAGAAGAAGAAGCAGCGAAAAUGGCAGCCGUGACUGCACUUCAAAGCUCAAUGGCCGGUCUUUCUCUCUCCUCAAACUCAUUCUUGGGCCAGCGCCUCUCACUUCCCGUCUUCUCACCUUUGCCUGCUAAACCAACGUUGAAGCCUUGUCAAGUUGUAGCGAAGCUUAAGCGAUGGGAGAGGAAGAAAUGCAAGUCGAACAGUCUCCCAAUUUUACAGAAAAUGCAUGUCAAGGUAGGAGAUACGGUUAAAGUAAUAGCUGGACGGGACAAGGGUAAAACUGGAGAGAUAGCGGAAGUUUUCAGGCACAGCAGCAUGGUGCUUUUGAAAGAUAUAAACAUUAAGAUAAAGCAUGUGAAAAGCAAGGAAGAGGGUGAACCUGGGCAGAUCAUCAGGAUUGAAGCACCCAUUCACAGCUCGAAUGUAAUGCUUUAUUCAAAAGAUCAGAAUGUAGCAAGCCGAGUGGGUCAUAAAAUUCUUGAAGAUGGGACACGAGUACGUUACCUCGUAAAAACUGGAGAAGUAAUUGACAAUGCUGAAAACUGGAAGAAAUUAAAGGAAUCGAAAGGAAAGGUUGAGGAAGCAGCUGUUGCUGCCUCCUAGUAUUGCAUCCUUGAUUUAAGCAUUUAUGUUUUUCUUGUAAUUCUAGCUGUAUUUCCGACCUCAUCUUUUAUUCAUCUCUGGCCACAGUUUCAAUGAAUUGUUUGUUUUGACUUCAUGUUAAUUGCACUAGGGCUCUUCAUAUAUGGAAGCAGAUAUAUGUAAUUUACAGAGGAUAUGUUUUUCUCAGUAUUUGAACAGUUUGGUUCAGAGCUGAGACUAGUGGGGGAGACUAAA